CUAUAUAUAGUCAUAUAUUCUUCACAAGAUAAAAUAAGGCUAAUAUUCAUAUCAAUUAAUCGAAGUAUACUGCGUUGUCACGACUCAAAGCUGUGUGCUCUUCCGUUUCCGUCUGUGAAACCCUAAUCUCAGAUAACAUAGUUCGGAUGGCAUCUGGGUCUAGCCAACCCCAGUUUCGGUACACACAGCCACCAUCAAAGGUCCUCCAUUUGAGAAACUUACCAUGGGAGUGCACAGAGGAGGAGCUGAUCGAAUUGGGGAAGCCAUUUGGUAAAGUCGUUAAUACCAAAUGUAAUGUUGGAGCGAACCGGAAUCAGGCAUUUAUAGAGUUAGCAGAAUUAAAUCAAGCUAUUGCAAUGAUAUCGUACUACGCCUCUUCCUCAGAACCGGCUCAGGUACGAGGGAAAACCGUCUACCUACAAUAUUCCAACAGGCAAGAGAUAGUGAACAACAAAACUACAGCAGAUGUAGCUGGAAAUGUGUUGUUGGUUACAAUUGAGGGGAAUGAUGCCCGCCUUGUCAGUAUUGAUGUUUUACAUUUGGCCAGUGUCCAGGAUAUAUCUUCAGUGGCAGCUUAUUGCUUCGGGAGAAAGAGCGAAUGUGUUUUCAGCUUUUGGAUUUGUGCACAAGAUCACAACAUUUGAGAAGACUGCUGGAUUCCAGGCUCUGGUGCAAUUUUCUGAUGCAGAAACCGCUACUUCAGCAAAGGAUGCCCUGGAUGGAAGAAGCAUUCCCAGUUACUUGAUUCCAGAACUUGGACCAUGUACACUUAAAAUCACAUAUUCUGCUCAUACGGAUCUGAGCGUGAAGUUUCAGAGUCAUCGUAGCAGGGACUACACCAAUCCUCACCUUCCUGUUGCUCCCUCAGCCAUAGAUGCAAGUGGUCAGUUCAGUUUGGGUUUGGAUGGGAAGAAACUGGAACCUGAGAGUAAUGUUCUUCUUGCUUCCAUUGAGAACAUGCAGUAUGCAGUUACCUUGGAUGUCCUACACACGGUUUUCUCAGCUUUCGGUCCUGUACUAAAGAUUGCUAUGUUUGAUAAGAAUGGAGGGGUUCAGGCUCUGAUACAGUACCCUGAUGUACGCACAGCUGUUGUUGCGAAGGGAGCUUUAGAAGGACAUUCCAUUUAUGAAGGUGGAUAUUGCAAGCUUCAUAUCACUUACUCUCGACACACAGAUCUUAGUAUAAAGGUUAAUAAUGAUCGCAGCAGAGAUUAUACAAUCCCGAAUACCCCUAUGUUGAAUUCUCAACCUUCAAUCUUUGGGCAGCAGCUACCUCAGAUAGGAGGUCCAGGUGUUCAUCCAUACGGUGCCCCUGCCCAUUACGCUCCAGCUCCAGGUGUUGCUCCGCCUCAGCAUUCUGCAGGCUGGAACUCUGCUGCCGCCACAGCAAAUCAAGGAAUGCCAAUGCAGAUGCAUAAUCACCCUUACAUGCCACCUGGUAGUGUGCCUUCACAGAUGGGUUCUGGGGUGAUGCCAAUGCAUGGACAGAAUGGCAUACCGUAUUCUAAUGCAAUGCCUCCUUAUCAUCAGCAGUAGCACUACCGUGAAACAAGCUUUUCAUACCAGGGGUCCAUAAUUUUGUUGCAGAGAGAUGUUAGCCAAAAUGUGACGAGUCUUUUGGUCCUAACUGCAUAUCUUGGUUCUUUUUGUCUGUCUUAGCUCUUUUCUUUUGGGGCACUGAAUGGUCCCGUUGCUGCUAUUAGGCACUGCAUUGUACAAUAUUCUUGAUCAUCUUUCAUCGGUAUGAAUUAUAUUAUGGAGCAAAGGCUUUGAUUUCACGCU